GGAGAGUCUUUUCUUCAUCACCAGUGCAUUGUGGGGCAGUACCUGUAGUGAUAGCUGGAGACGUUUGUAAACAAACCCUCAGUAAUGUUGAUAUGUUAGAUCACCUAGUGCUGGUAUUCUUCUUGAAAUAGCAUGGUGCUAAUUAAUUGUGAAGGUGGUUUUAGAUCGUUACCAAUUUCCUCCAUCCUCUAAAAUUUUAAAAUGACAGCUGUACUAGGGGGAGGCAUUAGUGGACUCUCUGCAGCAUAUUACUUACUCAAAUCUGUUCCACAAAAAGUAACUAUAAUUGAAAGUUCAAAUGGGUUUGGAGGAUGGAUACGUUCUAUUAAAAAUCCAGAAAAUGGGUUUCUUUUUGAAAAAGGUCCUAGAACUGUUCGCCCAAGGGGACCACAAGGAAUGAACACUUUAUCGCUUAUUGAAGAGUUAAAUUUAAGCGACAAGGUCCUUCCAAUACCUACAAGCCACCCAACAGCACAGAAUAGGUUAAUUUAUGCUAAUAAAAAAUUACACACUCUACCAUCAAGUUUUUAUUCAUUGUUUAAAAUAUGUUCACCAUUUUCUAAGCCACUAAUUUUGUCUGCUUUUAAAGAUCUUACAACACCUAAAAUAAUACAAAAUGAUGAGAGUAUAUACAGUUUUGUUGAAAGAAGAUUUGGAAAAGAGAUAGCAGAUUAUGCUAUAAGCUCAAUGAUUUGUGGUAUUUGUGCUGGUAAUGCAAAAGAAAUUAGCGUCAAAUUUUUGAUGUCUGAAAUGUUUGAGUGGGAACAAAAGCACGGAUCUGUUUUGAAGGGAUUCUUUAAAAAAUCAUUCUCCGAUCCAAAUAACAAAAUGUUAAAUGAAGCAGCAAAAAGCUUUCUGGGCAAAAGAGCUGUUCAAGAAAAAUGGAGUGUAUGGACACUAAAAGAUGGACUGCAACAAUUUCCAGAAACUUUAGGAAAAGAAGUACAGAAGAGAGGUGCCAAAGUAAAAUUCAACUCUUUGUGCACAAAACUGGAUUUUCAUGGAAAAAAUCAGGUUACAUGUGUAAUUGAUGAUCAGAAGGGGCUAACUCUCAAUGGGAUGUUUGAGCAUGUAAUUUGUUCUUUGCCUGCACCCACAGUUGCACAUUUGGUGGCCGACCAACAUCCAACUCUAAGCAAAGAGCUUUUGGAAAUAAAGCAUGUUACUGUAGCAGUUGUUAACAUUGCAUACAGAGGAAAUCAUCUGAAACAAAAUGCUUUUGGAUUUUUGGCUCCCCCAAAAGAAAAGCUUCCAGUACUUGGAGUGAUAUUUGACUCUUGUAACUUUGACUACAAAGAAUGGACAGUUUUAACAGUAAUGAUGGGUGGACAUUGGUAUGAAGAGUACUUUGGACAAAGUGCCACAGAAGAUACAAUACUAGAGACUGCAUUAAGGGAAGUGGCUACAAUUCUUGGCAUCAAACAACAGCCAGAUUUCACACAUGUAUCUAUACUCAAGAACUGUAUUCCACAAUACACAUUAGGCCACCACGAUCGGGUCAAAAGAGUGAUGUCAUAUAUCAAAGACCACCAAUUGCCUUUAUCUCUCAUUGGAGCUUCUUAUCAUGGAGUGGGCAUUAAUGAUGUAAUUUUUUCAGCUAAAAAUGUCGUGGAUCAGUUAAAAAGGUUGUGAUUUUGUUAAAAUUAUAAAUGAUUUUAUAUUGUUA